AAUUACGAGGCUCUUUCAUAUGUCUGGGGAUCCAUGAAGUCACGCAAAGUCGUCUACGUUGGGUCUUCGGACAAGAAAACACUGCGGGUCACGAAAAAUUUACAAAUCGCCCUACAAAAUCUACGCUAUCCUGACAAGGAACGCGUCAUGUGGAUUGAUGCACUCUGUAUCGACCAGUCCAAUAACGUUGAAAAGGGCCCCCAAGUCGCCCUGAUGGGCCACUUGUUUGAGUGUGCAUCCCGAGUCGUGGUCUGGCUGGGCCCAGAAGAAAAUGGAAGUGGUCUCGCCAUGGAGCGUCUGGCGCACAUCGCUGAUCCAAAGGUCGAUCUGCCAAUGGAUACAGCUCAGUCGAUGGCAGUAGCCCACCUGCUACAUCGAAAGUGGUUUGACAGACUCUGGAUACGUCAAGAGAUC